GCAAAGCGAACAAAGCUUUGGCUACGAGAUUGUGUGCCUUUCAAAAAGAGAUUUAACAAGAUUGCAAAGGAAAAAUAACUAAUAAAUCAAAGUGCCAGAAAGUUAAAAAAGCUUCUCAUAAAAAUCCAUUGCCUGCUCGGAGACAACUUAAGUAUAUUAAACGUUGGAAAAACAUCGAAACGCACACCGAAAAUCUCUUAAGCCGUUAUAGAGCGCCAAUCAAAACUGAAAUUGAAAAUAAAAAGUUAAUUGGGAAAGUUGUCGAAUAAAAAUCUGUGAGAGGUAAGGAGCCGGCAAAACAACAGGACCCUGGGGUCAUAAGUGUGCGCCGUAGAAAGUAGCGAUGGUCGUAUACCGAGUGGUUAAAAGCUAAAAGCUUCAUACCAUUACAGAAAAGCUUAUUCUACCGGCUGUUCUUAAAAUGGUGAAUAUAACGUAGGAAAAUCAUGCUGGAAAAUUAAUUUCCAGGUAACCUUAACUAACAAUACUUUAGUAACGUUUUCAAACAUUCCUCAAUAGAUAGGCUAGAAUCAACAGGUGUUACCCUAUUCUCAGGGACUCGAUACUAUAAGUUGCAAGAAGAUCCAAGCACGAUAGGGACUAGAUGUGAUAACGCGGAAUGUGCACAGAAGAAUACCACAAGGUGGAGCGUUUUUAGCUCUGCUUUGGGCUCUUGCGGUCAAUAAAUUGCUGUUCAAGACAGGAGAUUAAGUUGCUAUGAUUACAGUCUAUGCUGACGACGGAUGGUGUUUGAGACCAUUAGCGGCAAGUGUCUAACAACUCAUAUCUCUGGCGAAUCAGGCACCUGGAAGCAUCAAUAGCUGGUCUUAGGACAGCAGGACUUUAAGUUAACACUGACAAAAAGGUUUAGGUUCUAUUCACAAGGAAGUACAACUCUGCUACGCUGAAACUUAGCUCUCAGUACUUGUCAAUCGUUUGUUUCAUAAAAAUUCCACUGCUGUUUGGAGCAAACUAUUUCGUUACUCAAAGUUCUUAAAAAAUUUUUUUUGUUCCCUUUUUUAAAAAAAAAAAAAAUAACUGGCAGCACUGUUUUGUCAAACUUUAAGAGCAAACUAUGCUUUGUGGUCGUGUUUAUGAAAGUUUUCUAGUUGUUCUCUCUUUCAGUGGCGUGUUAGCUAGCAACAAGUGUAUUUAAUUAAAAACUAAUUGUUUGCUAUUUUUAAGAAAAUAUUUCUAUAGAAUAUGACUUUUGCCGGCAAAGUAGUUAUUGUAACUGGCGCUAGUUCAGGCAUUGGAGCCGCCACGGCAGAGUAUUUUGCCAAAUUAGACGCUAAAGUGGUGCUCGUCGGGCGCAAUGAGGAGAAUCUUAAAGCAACCGAGACAGCUUGCCGGACAGCAAAUGAUAAAGCGGAGUUGUUAGUGGUCAAAGCUGAUAUAACUGUAGAUGCUGAGCGCAUUAUCAAUAAAACAAUUGAAAAAUUUGGCCAGCUGGAUGUUUUAGUUAACAAUGCAGGUAUUUUGGCUGGUGGAAAUAUAUUGGAUAUUGACGUGGAGCAAUUCGAUCGUAUAAUGAAUACUAAUUUACGUGCUGUAUUCAUAUUAACCAAACUGGCCGCACCACAUUUGAUACGUACGCAAGGGAAUAUCGUGAAUGUGUCUAGCUUAGCCGGCACACGCUGCUUUCCAAACAGUUCAAGCUAUUGUGUCUCCAAGGCGGGUUUAGAUCAGUUCACCAAAUGCAUGGCAUUGGAUUUGGCGUCGAAAAAAGUACGCGUGAACUCUGUAAACCCUGGUUUGAUAAUAACAGACAUACAUCGGCGCGGUGGCAUGUCUGAGGAGCAGUAUGCCACACAUUUGGAACAUGCCAAAGAGACGCAUGCUUUGGGGCGUGUGGGCAAACCAAACGAGGUGGCGGAAUCUAUUGCUUUUUUGGCUAGUGAAGCUGCCAGUUUUAUUACAGGCGCAAUAUUACCCAUUGACGGUGGACGGCAUGUUAUGUGUCCGCGUUAGUUGCGCUUGGUUAAGUGAAAGAUUACUACAAAAACAAAACUCGUCUCUUUAAAGAGCAUGCAUUGCUCUUUACUUGACUGUUAAGGCAUUAAAAAAAUACAUGAAUAAAUUAGAAAUUUGUUUCUUAUCAAAUACUCAUAAAA